AUGGAGUCACUCUGCUCCCCCAACUCCUCCCCCGACUCCACCCCACCGCGUGACCGCCCGCCUCCCGCGGCCUCCGCCCCACCGCGGCCUCCGCCCGCACCACCGCGUGACAGCGACUCUGCCCCACCGCGCGACCGCCCGCACCACCGCGGCCUCCGCCCGCCCCACCGCACGACCGCGACUCUGCCUCGGCUCCAGCGCGACCGCCGGCCGGAUCGCCCCAGCGCGAGCGCCCUGCGCCACCCAGCCGGAUCAAGGAAGGAUCGCCACCCAGCGCGACCGAGGAAGCAGGGCCAGACUGACUCCGCCAUGAAUACCCCAGGCUUAUCUAGCACUGCAUCCACGGGCAUUGAAUCAAAUGAACCAACUGACCUAGCUUGGAAGUACUGCACAAUGCCAGAUGUGAACAAGAAAGGUUCUCUCCAGUGCACCUUCUGUAGCAGCAUCUAUCAUGGUGGAAUAACAAGAAUCAAGUACCACCUUGGUAAAGUUCCUAAAUCCAAUGUUGCAAAGUGUAAAAAAGUUCCAUCUGAUGUGCAACAAGAAAUCCUUGAAGUGCUGGCCAUAAAGUCAGAUAACAAGCAAAAGAAGGCUGAGGAGAAAGAAGAAGAUAGAGCUGUAGUUGAUUUGAGUCAUUCUGAAGGAGAGGAACACAGUGAUGCAGAAGGAAAUUCAGUUAUUGUGGUGAAGAAGAUGAGUAGCAAAGGUCAUUCAGGUCCUAUUGAUAAGUUCUGUAGACUAACAACAGAAGAAAUAGUGGCUGCAAGGAAGGGCAAAGGUGUUCUUUCUGAGAAGGUUCAAUCCAAGAUAUCAACUGAAAAAAGAGAAGAGAAGAGGGACAGAGCAUGUGAGUACAUCUGUAAAUUUUUUUAUGAUGCUAGCAUCCCACACAAUGUGACGACACUUCCAAGCUUUGAGCUCAUGCUUGAGGCUAUUGGAGACUUUGGCAGGGGCUUGAGAGGUCCAACUCCAUAUGAGAUGAGUGGGAAAUUCUUGCAAAAAAGGAAGAGGAAAGUGCAAGAAUUAGUAAAGGCUCACAAAGAGUCUUGGGAGCUACAUGGAUGCUCAGUUAUGACUGAUGUUUGGACAGAUAAGAGAGGUAGAGGUGUGAUGAACUUGGUAGUUCACAGUGCAUAUGGUGUUUAUUUUCUUGAUUCUGUGGAUUGCUCAGCUGUGAAGAAAGAUGGCAGAUACAUUUUUGAGUUGGUUGAUAAGUGUAUUGAGGAAAUAGGGGUGCAAAAUGUAGUUCAAGUUGUGACUGACAAUGCAAGACCAAAUGAGGCAGCGGCUAGUUUGUUGAGAGCAAAGCACCCCUCUAUUUUCUGGAAUGGUUGUGCAGCCCAUACCAUUGAUUUAAUGUUGGAAGAUAUAGGAAAGAUGCCCAGAGUUGCUGCAACAAUUAGCAAAGCAAAGUGCUUGACUGUUUUUCUUUAUGCCCAUACUAGAGUUUUGGACCUGAUGAGGAAGUACCUUUCUAGAGAUUUGGUGAGGUGUGGUGUUACAAGGUUUGCUACAGCUUAUCUCAACUUGAAAAGCAUGUUAGAAAACAAGAAGCAAUUGCAAAGGCUUUUUAGGGAGGAGGAGCUCCAUGAACUAGGCUACCUAAAGAGUGCCAAAGGGAAGAAAGCAGAGAAGGUUGCCAAAUCUGAAACUUUCUGGAGAGAUGUUGAGACUGCCGUUAAUUACUUUGAGCCAUUAGCUCAUGUCUUGAGGAGAAUGGACAGUGAUGUGCCAGCAAUGGGUUUCUUAUAUGGGUAUCUACAAGAGGCUAAGAAUGAGAUCUCUAAGAGGUUCAAUAAUGACAGGAGAAAGUUCGAGGAAGUUUUUCAGUUCAUUGACAAGAGGUGGGACAGUAAGCUGCAAACUCCUUUGCAUAGGGCUGGUUACUACCUCAACCCUUUCUACUAUUAUCAAAACAAGGUGGCUAUAGAGGACAAUGAAACAUUUAGAGAUGGUGUCAUAACUUGCAUUACAAAGCUUGUUCCAGAUAUAGAGACUCAGGACAAGAUUAUUGAAGAGCUUCAAAAGUUGCAAGAUGUUGAAGGAUCCUUUGGCAAAGAAAUUGCUAAAAGGCAGUGCAAAAAUAUUCAUUUUGAUCCUGCUAAGUGGUGGCUGAAUCAUGGAAGUAGUGCACCAACCCUCAGAAAGCUAGCUGCUAAAAUUCUCAGUUUGACAUGCAGUUCAUCAGCUUGUGAGAGAUGCUGGAGUUCAUUUGAACAAGUCCACACCAAGAGACGCAAUAGGCUGCUGCAUGACAGAAUGAGGGAUCUUGUGUUUGUCAAAUUGAACUCAAAACUGAGACAAAAGAAGGACAACAAAGAUAGAGAUCCACUUGAGAAACCUGUUAGUGAUGUCUUAGAAGAUGAAGACAAUGAGUGGAUCACUGGUGUUGAGCAAACAGAAAUGGAAGAGGAUGAGGAAGGAGGAAUUGGAGGUACCUCACAAGAGGUUGUAGCUGCACCACCACCAAGGAAGAGAGGUAACCAGAGCAGAAAGAGAAAGAGACUGAUUCCUACUGGUGAUGAUGAGUUAUUUGCUUCAUCUUCUGAUGGAGAAAAUGACACUAUGAUGCAUUCUGAUUCCAUUUCUGUUUCUGAUGAAGAGAUGCAGUAA